ACAUAAUAUGCUCUAUGUCUGAAUGUCCGGCCUUUCUGAAUCACAUUAGUAUGGUUGCCGAUCAUCCCUCGGCAUAAACGUCUUCCCCGCAUAUCACAAACUAUAUAUACUCUACCAACAGUUGGUCGAUAAUGGGACAUUUCCACCAGAACGAAUGUGCAGCCAACAGUAACAACCAAAAUGUCCAAUCCAAGCAGCCUACCUCCAUUCCCCUCCUCCGUCCCUACAGCCCCUCUCCUCCGUCUCUCACUUUCCAAAUUACAAGCCCACGAUGCCACCGAAACCCACAACCUCCUACAAGCCUGCAAAGACAUCGGGUUCUUCUACCUCGAUCUCCGCGACGCCGACGAGGGCAUCGCCCUCUUAACCAACGCAGACAAGCUCUUCCCAAUCGGCGAACGUCUAUUCGACCUUCCCCUAGACGAGAAGAAGAAAUACGACCUCGCCAGCCAGAACUCCUACUACGGAUACAAAGCGCAAGGCGCCAUGAUAGCAGACAGACAGGGCAACCUAGACGGGAACGAAUUCUACAAUGUCUCCAAAGACGACAUCCUAAACCUCAUCACACCCCCCCUCCCAUCCCCCCAAAUCCUCCAAGAAUCCCGUCCCCUCCUCUCAUCAUUCAUCCAAACCUCCCACAACAUCGUAACCCUCCUCCUCUCAAUCCUAAGCACCAGCCUCUCCCUCCCCUCCUCUUCCACACUCCCCAACCUCCACCGUCUAUCUGCCCCAAGCGGGGACCAAAUCCGCUUCAUCAAGGCCCCUCCUACCACCACCACCACCACCCAGAACCCCACCCUAGGCGAACACACCGACUUCGGCAGCGUCACCAUCCUCUUCAACCGCCUCGGAGGCCUCCAGGUCCUCCCUCCCGGAGCGGACGCAGAAUGGACGUACGUCCGCCCCUUACCCGGCCAUGCUAUAAUCAAUCUCGGUGAUGCGAUGGUGAAGUUCACGAACGGGCUGUUUCGGUCAAAUAUUCAUCGCGUGGUCGCGCCGCCGGGACAGCAGGCGGGGUUCACGCGGUAUAGUCUGGUGUAUUUUGCGAGGCCGGAGGAUGAGGUUUCUUUGCGGCGGUUGGAGUCGGAUAGGAUUCCGGCGUUGGGGGAGGGGGUGGUCGAGGAGGAGAUUAGUAGUAAGGAUUGGGUGAUAAGGAGGGCGUUGGGGAGGAGGGUGGAUUUGGGAAGGCCGGUGGAUUAUGAGAAGGCGGCUGGGACGGAGGGGGUGAGUAGGAGGUUGGGGGUGUAGAGUUGGGAGGUUGCAGUAUAUUCACGAUGGUUUUCAUUUCUGGAAGAGGCGGUUACAGGAGCGUUGGGGUACAUGGAGAGGUUUCUUAUAUGAUUCCUCUUGGCAGGGGUAUACUAGAUGGUUAUGUUGAUCAUAAAAGUAGCCAGU